AUGGUCACAACGCGUUCAGCACCUUAUACGUCGAUUGAUAUCCUGGAAAAUGGGUCAUCCAAAUCUCAACCACCGUAUCAAAACGUUUCGAAUCCUUGUGUCCUUAGUUGGUAUAAUCUUAGUUAUGCUAUCACGUGUUCAAAGACUCUUGAUGAUACUAUAACAGGGAAGAAAAUAAUAUUAAACAAUGUCACUGGUCGUUGUGCACCUGGUGAAUUGAUGGCCAUUAUGGGUCCAUCGGGAUCUGGAAAGACAACACUUGUGGAUUUAUUAGCCGAUCGAAUUCGUUCUGGCCACGUUACGGGUGACAUGGAAUUGAAUGGAAAACCUCGUGAGAUUCAAACCUUUCGAGCUGUGACUAGCUACGUGGCUCAGGAGGAUUCAUUGCUUGGGUCGUUUACUGUAUUCGAAACAAUGCACAUGGCUGCAAAGCUUAGUUUACCAAACAAUGUGACAUCGAACCAAAUUACGUCUCGUGUUGACAAUGUGAUUGAGGCCAUGGGUCUUGGUACGUGUCGUUACACUCUUGUAGGUGACAUCUUUCGCAAGGGAUUAUCAGGUGGCCAGAAGCGGCGACUCAGCAUUGCCAUUGAGCUCUUAUCAAAUCCAAGCAUUUUGAUCCUGGAUGAACCAACAAGUGGUCUUGACUCGAGUGCUGCGCACAACGUCAUGAAGUUCAUUGCCAAGCUUUCUGCUGAGGGGAAGACCGUUGUGUGCACGAUUCAUCAGCCAUCGUCACUGGUCUACGAUAUGUUUACCAAUGUCAUGGUGCUCUCGGCCGGUCAAACGGUGUAUUGUGGUCCUCGUCGUCAAAUGAUCUCGCACUUUGGAUCGGUAGGCCACGACUGUCCCCAGUACAUGAACCCAGUUGAGUACUUUAUCAGCCUUGUCAACACGGACUUUGACGACCACGCAGACGUGCCCACACUCAUUGAAUUCUAUGCGCAGAGUGAGAGCCACAAGGACCUGAGCAACAAGAUUGAAAGUGAACGCAAGACGCUGCAGCAUCUUCCGGACAUUGAGCAACCAGUGCCGUCGGCGAUGCGGCAGUUUGGUGUGCUCAUGUAUCGCAAUACUUUAAACAACAUUCGCAAUCCCGGCAUUUACUGGAUCCGGUUGUUCAUGUACUUCUGUCUGAGCUUUAUGGUCGGCACCAUGUACCUGAGCACGAACGAGCAUCUAAGUGAAGAGGAUCUGGUCCCACUACUGUUCUACGUACAGGCGUUCCUGGUGUUUAUGUCAGUGGCCGUACUCCCGUUCUUCAUUGAGCAGCGUGUUGUAUUUGCUCGUGAACGUGCCAACAAUUCUCUGAGUGUGGUGAGCUACGUGUGUGCAAACUUCUUAGCGACACUCCCAGGUAUUUUCUUGAUUGCAGUCAUAUCGACAGCGCUUGUGGUGCUACUGGCGGGCUUGAACGCGAUCGAAUACUUCUUGUUGAAUCUAUUUCUGUCCUUGGUGGUGUCCGAGUCAAUGAUGCACGUGAUUGGAGCUGCCGUGCCGCAUUACAUCAUCGGUAUUGCCCUGGGAGCAGGUGUAUUUGGCAUGUUUAUGUUGUGUGAAGGCUUUAUGGUUCCUCGCGACUCGAUCCCGGGGUACUGGAUUUGGGGGUACUACGUGGCAUUCCAUUCCUACUCAUUCGAGUCUUUUGUGUUCAAGCAGUUUGAGAACGAGACGUCAGAUACGGCGAAAGCUAUUUUGGUCAAGUACGGCAUGGAAAAUGUGGAUGUUGUGAAGAACAUGCUGUAUCUAGUAGGAUACAUUGUUGUUUUUCAAAUGAUCUUCAUGGUUAUCCUUUGGAAAUUCCACACUGGUCGUCGGUGA